UCCUGGUUUCGGGGCUCUGCAGGCUGCAGCAGAGUCCACCUCCCGGAUUGUAGACCACCACCACGUCUCGAACACCUUCCCUGACAGAAAACUGACAACUUGGAUCUGCAGGAAUCCCACGAUGAGACAAAAGUAAAAGCGUCUGGACCGGUGCCGCUCGACUGAUCAGGUGAUGGUGAAGGAGUGUUUCCCAAGGACCAAUUAGAAGACUGGAUGUGGUUGUAACUAUGGUUACGUCUGGGUGGGGGGCGUGGGCCCUCUCCCCCUCUGGCCUCGUGCUGCUCGUCUGUUGGUCCGUGUGUUUGUCACAACUGCAACCACCUAUCAAACCUGCAAACUGCAGCAGGAAGGAGCAUCCUGUCGUCUCCUACCAGGCAUUGAGACCGUGGAUGUCAGAGUUCUCUCAUUCAGGGGUGAAGGAUUUCUCCCAGCUGGCUUUGGACCUGACCAGAAACCAGCUCAUUGUCGGAGCAAGGAACUUCCUCUUCAGACUGAGUUUGAACAACGCCUCCCUCAUACAGGCGACAGAAUGGGCACCCGAUGAAGACACAAAACACUCAUGUCAGAGUAAAGGUAAAUCAGAGGAUGAAUGUCAAAACUACAUCCGGGUUUUAUUGAUCAGUGGGACGACACUCUUCACCUGUGGGACCAACGCCUUCACCCCCGUCUGUGUGACCAGGCAGAUCGAUAAUGUCAGUCAGGUGCUUGACUCAGUGAAUGGUGUGGCCCGAUGCCCCUAUGACCCCCGCCAUAACUCCACCGCCAUGGUGACAGAGAAGGGAGAGCUGUACGCUGCCACAGUGAUUGACUUCUCAGGACGCGACCCCGUCAUCUACAGGAGUCUGGGGAACAUGCCGCCUCUCCGCACCGCCCAGUACAACUCCAAAUGGCUGAACGAGCCUCAUUUUGUGUCGGUGUAUGAGAUCGGCCGCUUCGCCUACUUCUUCUUGAGAGAAACUGCUGUGGAAAAUGACUGUGGGAAGAUGGUGUUCUCCCGCGUGGCCAGGGUCUGUAAGAACGAUAUGGGUGGACGCUUUCUUCUAGAAGACACAUGGACAACCUUCAUGAAGGCCCGACUCAAUUGUUCUCGCUCAGGAGAAAUUCCCUUUUACUUCAACGAGCUGCAGAGCACCUUCUACCUUCCAGAGCAAGACCUGAUUUAUGGCAUCUUCACUACUAAUGUGAACAGUAUAUCAGCCUCAGCUGUCUGUGCCUUUAAUCUGAGCUCCAUCACCCUGGCCUUUAAUGGACCUUUCCGGUACCAGGAGAACCCUCGUACAGCCUGGCUCUCCACACCAAACCCCAUAGCCAAUUUUCAGUGUGGGACACUGGAGGAGGGUGGCCCAGGGGGGAACCUGACGGAACGCAGCCUCCAAGACGCCCAGAGACUGUUCCUGAUGAACGACGUGGUCCAGCCCGUCACCAUCAACCCACUGCUCACCCAGGACAAUGUUCGCUUUUCCCAGCUGGUGGUGGACAUCGUACAGGGCCGAGACACCCUCUACCAUGUCAUGUACAUCGGCACUGAAUAUGGCACCAUCCUGAAGACUCUCUCAACCACCAAUAAAAGCCUUCAGGGCUGUUACCUGGAGGAGCUGAGGAUCCUCCCUGAAGGCGUAAUCGGACCAAUCAAGAGCCUCCGAAUCCUCCAGAGUGAUAGGUCAUUGUUUGUGGGGCUUCAUGACAGACUGGUUAAGAUCCCAUUAGAGCGCUGUUCCAGCUAUCCAUCACAACGCCAAUGCCUGGAGGCGCGGGACCCAUACUGUGGAUGGGACCAUGAAAAGAAGCGCUGCACCACCAUCGAGGAAAGCUCCAACAUGAACCAGUGGACCCAAAACAUCAGCGCGUGCCCAGUGAGGAACCUAACACAGGAUGGUGGCUUUAGCCCUUGGGCUCCAUGGCAACCGUGUAACCACAACGACGGUGAGGGCUCCAUCAGCAGCUGUGUGUGUCGGUCCCGCUCAUGUAACGGGCCAGUAGCUCGAUGUGGAGGGGUGGAGUGUAAGGGCCCGACCAUCCAGGUGGCAAACUGCUCCAGAAACGGCGGCUGGACGCCCUGGUCUUCAUGGGGUCAGUGCAGCAGCAGCUGUGGCAUCGGUUUUGAAGUUAGACAGCGAUCCUGCAACAACCCGUCACCUCGUCACGGCGGUCGUAUCUGUGUGGGUCAGGGCCGAGAGGAGAGGCUGUGUAAUGAGAAGAAACCAUGCCCACUGCCAGUGUUGUGGACAGCGUGGGGACCGUGGGCUCACUGCAGUGCAGAAUGUGGAGGGGGGGUCCACUCCAGGACCAGAACCUGUGAGAAUGGCAACAGCUGUCCUGGAUGCGCCAUGGAGUAUAAGGCCUGUAACCUGGAGGCAUGCCCUGAAGUGCGUCGCAACACCCCCUGGACCCCCUGGAUGCCAGUCAAUGUCAGUCAUGAUGGGUCACGGCAAGAGCAGAGGUUCAGAUACACCUGCCGGGCGCUGCUGCCUGAACCUCAGCAGCUCCAGCUGGGCAAGAAGAAGGUGGAGACUCGCUUUUGUCCUAAUGACGGCUCUGGGGCCUGCCAGACUGACUCUCUUGUUGAAGACUUGGUAAAGACGAGCAGCCGAACUCUGUCCCAGCCCCAAGGUGCUCGCUGGGGAACCUGGGAAAUGUGGUCCAGCUGUUCUCAACAGUGUUCCAGAGGCUUCCGCACACGAAAACGUGGCUGCUCGACGCCACAAGGAAGGACCAACCCCAGCGCCUGCGUGGGGUCCCCGGUGGAGUACCAGGACUGCAACCCCCAGCCCUGUCCAGUGAACGGGGGCUGGUCUUGUUGGUCAUCCUGGUCCCAGUGCUCGGCCAGCUGUGGGGGGGGUCACUACCAGAGGACUCGCACAUGCAGCAGCCCCCUCCCCGCCAACGGAGGAGACAUCUGUAUCGGCCUGCACACUGAGGAGGCUCUCUGCAACACACACACCUGUGAAGGUUGGGCUGAAUGGACCGGAUGGGGGGACUGUGACGACGAGGGUCUGCAGCAUCGCUCUCGUCGAUGCGGUGACGACCAGGAAGCCGAGGCCAGUCUCUGCCAGAGCAACAUCACCCAGUCGAGGCCAUGCCAGCCCCACGAGGUGCCAGUCAUUUUACCUGGACAGGAGGAGCAGAGCUGUGGAACCUUCACCUUGUUCCAGUUGGUUGCCGUGGGCUCGGCCAGUUUCUUCGCGGCGGCCCUGCUGUCAGCACUGGGCUACUCAUACUGCCACCACCUGAACCGACCGUCUGCGGAGUCAGCGGUCAUCCACCCCAGCACCCCCAACCACCUGACUUACAACAAGCAGGGCAACGCCACGCCAAAGAACGAGAAAUACAUCCCCAUGGAGUUUAAGACACUAAACAAGAACAAUCUCCACGUUAACGAUGAAACCUGCAACCACUUCUCUUCGCCGCUGCCCUCCAGCAACAUGUUCACCACCACCUACUACCCUCCUGGCCUGAGCAAGUACGACUUCCACCCGGACUCCCCCUGCAGGACCUACAUGCACAGCUGAGAGGAGGCUGGACCCACCAUCCACCUCAUUUACACCCUCUGAGUCUUUCUUUUUCCGAAGAAUAUGCCAAGAUUUGGAUUCAACAAUACUCCUCAUCUCUCCAGACAAGUUUUAACAACUAUUUAUAAGAGCUUAAAGAACCAUUUUGCCCAAAUUAUACAGAUUACAUGCGUUCACUUUUAUAUUGAGAGGGGUCGAAUUGAUAUAAAUCAUUAGAAAUGAGAGAACAUUGACCAUCACACGGUCUUGAUCACAUACAGUGUGUAAGCAUUGAGCUGCAUGCAGUAAAAUCAGAGUUAAAAGGUUUAGUACAACUUCUGUUAUUGUUGUGAGUUUGGUGUUGCUGUUUACACUCCAGUCAGAUGUUUCAGGACACCCUGUUUUUAUUUAAUUAAUGUACACUUAAAGUUAAACAGUCAGGUCAGACACAAUAGAUGCAAAUUAUAAUAUAUAGGCUUUUUCAGGUUGCAGUCAUUGUUUAAUUUAGUCCUUUUCAGCAGCAGUGAAGUUAACAAAACCUUGAACAUUCAUCCUCUGUCUCCAUUAAAGUAAUGGACAAACUGAAUCACUAAACCUGCGCAAACAUACGGACAAUAUUGCACAGUUGUGAGGUAGUAUAUGCUAUGAAAAAAAAUAAAUAACAAAUCAAGAAUGUGGCUUCACAUAGAAAACUAGGGCAUCUUUUUACAUGACCCUAUUGUUCCAAUAAUAAAUGAAAUAGUAGUCCAGUCAGAAUAAAAAUGCCUCAAUCUGAGACAGGUCAGAUCUGUAGGAGAGGUGUUGUAUAAACCUUUGAUAAUCCACUUAAUAGGAAAAUGUUCACUGUAAAUGUAGUAGGAAAUGUUCAAUCUGGCUGAUAAUUCUUUCUGUAAAUGUUUGGGUGUUAAUGGUAGGUGACAUUUCCAGGAAAAACAUUGAACACACGGUCUUGAUCACAGUGGAAAACUUUGGAGAAAAUCUGCUUCUGCUUCUUUUGUAUUUCCUUCAGAUUAGACUCUUUGCAGUGGACAGAACCAGUCAGUACAACAAAAAGUUGGAUUGUGAUUAAAUACAUAUCUGAUUUUCUUAGUUUUAACCUCUGCAAACUCAAAUUCUGUCCAAAUUCUGUUCUGUAACAACUGGAGAGGACUUCAGGCUCCAACACAUGAUGACUUAUAUUAUUGAGUAAUCUGUAAGAUACAUUUUCCUAUUUCUAAGGUCAAUCAAAGGGGCAAAGAGAAACUUUGUAAUUUCCUAAAGUUUCACCUAAAGCAGAGUCCAUGUUCUAUUCACUAAAACUCCAAAACUUAAAGAUGUUUUCUCUGAUUGGAUAAAGUAGGUCAAAAAGGGGCCAGACCGUUACAUUCAAGAAAUACAGAAAUGACAUACAUUUGGAGCUUUUGUUUGAAAAAAAAAUACUGAAAUUUAUUGUUUGCUGAACAACUUUCUUGUGAUUUUUAUUUGUUGUCGUACUAUCGGACAGUUUUAUGCUUCAUCAAAAGGCAGGAGUGUUCUAUAACUUUUUUUACUGGUUGUGUAAAAUUCAGGAGUGAUAACCACAGCUACAAAACUACAACUCAAGUUGUAAAAACACAAAGUUCUUGGUUACAGGCAGAGCAGAUCUGUUUAUGGUCUGUCAGUGGAUCCUGUCUUCUCUGCAGAUAUGUGCUUGUUUUUGCAGGAGUUACCACCACAUUCUGAAUUAUCCCUCUGUAGGUUUGUAAAGUCACAAUCACCUUCUCCAACACAAAUUUUCCCCACAAUUGCAUGAAGCCACAGUUCUGGUGGGGGACAAUGGACACAGAUAAACACAGAACAAAUAUCACAAACUGUGACAGGACCAACAAUGAGAGGAGUUUUUCUGAUGCAGGUGUUUUUUUUUCAGCAUCUGGAAAGUGUCAUCAACCCAGAGAAGAUGUUUGUUUGUGCCUCGGAUUAUGAUUGCUUGCUUUGUUGCUCCCUCCUGUUUUUGAGAAGAGAAGUGUCCUCGGAGUGUGUCAUACAGGCAGUGAACCAGUUACUAACAAGGAUCUGUGUGUAAUCAGGUAAACUUCAGUCCUUUGUGUGUAAAAUUUCAGCGAUUAAGCGACAGUGACGUAAACACUUGAACCAGGGCACUUUGCUCUGUUAACGGAAACCACACGGCUGUCCUCUUCCUCUCCACUUUUAUUCACACACCCUGAGGUGCUCUGUCUGUGCUCAGGUCAGUGUGGAAGCAGGGUCGGACCCAGACCUUCAGGGCCUCAACAAGACCUCAGACACCAUAUGUACCCAGGUUGUCCCUGGACUGACACCCCCUGGGUAUUUUUGUGGAGAAUUUCUGCUUCUUUUCGCCAGUGAGUUCGGAGGCUGCUCUGUAUGAACACUUGUGAGUAAGAAACCUCCACAACAUUCUUGGAGCAAAAAAAAAAAAAAAAAAAAAAAAAGACGCUUGGAGAUUUCUGGCUUUAAUUUCAAUCUUUAUUAGUGUAGAUGAUUGACGACAACACUGAAGAGGAUACUGUCCCACUGUAUGUACUGGACGUUUUGACUGUCAGCAGAUUAUAUGAAUUAUUUUAGUUCACAAAUGUCAGUCUUUGUGAUUGCUUCUAUAUCUGCUGUUCCUUGCUUAAACAGGGAAUACUGUUGUUAUUCACACUUAUAUUUUUCAGAUGUUGGUGCAUAACAAAUGACAAUAUAAAAGACAGUGACGACAUAAACGAGCCCUCGCUUUGGCAAAACAAGGUAACUGACAAAAAAACACACAGCUCAGCAUAUACAGCAUAUCUGUAAGGGAUUAAUGCUCCAAUUUUCCUACUCAGAUGUGUCUUUAAGUUGAUUUUUUUAUGUUGUAAUGUGAUAAAUGGAAGCUGUAAAACAGGAAAUAAGCUCCGUUACACUGUCAAAACCAAUGGUGAAGGCCAUUUCCUGCAUGUCUAGUAGGUACAAAAACACAUUCAGCAAUCUACAAGGUUCAUGUCUAGAGAACGGUUCUUGCAACAGUGUAGAAACCAUAACAUUAGAUUUUUUUUACAGUGUAAUUUGUGAAAAGAAAAAACCUCAUUUGGUCCUAACAAUAGAACUGGAAUGUCCUCAAAGUAAAUAUUUAAUUAUUUAUUAUUGUACAUUUUAUUUUCCUUAUAUGUUAAACUUUAUUCUAGUUUGUAGACAAAUAUUUGCCUUGAGUAAAAGACACUAAUUCUUGAAUCAAUUUAAAUUUUACUGCUGAUCGCCCUUUGUUUAUAUUACAGUCAGUACAAUCUUAAAUUUAUUUGAGAUUAUGAGAGAUCUGAGGUGAAUAUUCCCAUCACAAUGUUAGGAAAAUAGAAAAACAGGUCCAGGAUUCAGCCCGGCUCAAAAAUUAAAUGGAUAAUUGAAAAUCGGUGCACUAAUUUCUGCCUUAUGCUUCUGACAAACAAAGCUAUAAAUGCAGGCAAAAACAGAACCGCACAAAUUAGACUCCUUGACUGAAACAUUACAGUGAAUUCCAGCACAACGAGCCAAAAGUGGGUUUUUACAGCUCCUCCCAUAUGAGUACAAUUGGAUUAUUUUAAUGACUGCACAAAGUCUUUACCCUCUAAUCCACCUCAUCAAAAAAUGUAUGUGAACAGAAUAAAUCAGAUGUUUUUAACAGUGUUCAAAACAGAAUAUUCCCAGUCUGGGGUUUCUCAUCCACCCUCUGUACACUGACGUAUUAAUAAUAUUUAAGUCUGUGCUGUAAAAUGUGUGUUGCAUUUCUUCUGUUUCUAAAAUGUAAAUACCAACAACUGAAUUCAGGUGUUUCUAACCCUUUACAGUGUUAUGUAGCAUGAAACAAACACACCUAAUAAUACAGUAAGUGUGUUCUGGCAUGCCCCAAACUAUACACUACAUUCAUGUAUAAACUGUGCAAAUGAUCUCUGUGUAUAUUUGGCCAAGAUGAUGAAAAUAUUCAGUUUUAAUCUUCAUUCUGUGUGAUAAAAAAAUGCUGUGUUUUGUAUUUAAAGACCCUCCUAAUGAUAAUAUAUAGCUUCAAAUUUGCUUAAGCUUCACUAAAUGUAUUUGCUUUGCUCCAAAAAAAAAAGAAAGAAAAAAAAAAGAAACACUUAUGCUGAAUAUGAUGAUGUGAAUUUGACUAAACACUGCCUUUUGGACACUGUGAACUUUUGGUACUUUAUAUUUUUCUAUAAUGUACACUGU